UACAAGUCAGAAAUGGCUUUUUUUUCCUGAUGAAAAGCUGGCAGCACUGAUUGUGCGGUCUCAUUUAUUCGUCAAAAAGUGAGCUCCAAUUGGAUUUGUAUAAUUCCCAGUUUGUGUACAAUUGGGGAAUAUUUGGAUGAUCAGCAAAGCAACAACCAGCGAGGACUUGUUCUGCUAUUAUGCAGUAAGACGCUCUGCGAGAAAAAUGAACUCGCAGUCUAAGAGGAAAUCGUUUCCGUUCAAUCCCCCGCAACCUGGUGCAGUCGCAACCAUGCAUUUUGGUUUCAAUGCAAAUACAAAUUUCCACACCGAGUCUGAGUGCACCACCAAGUGGCCGCAGCACAAACGCAAGUCCGAGCAACAGGCGGCAGUGCUCCCACCGAAAAUGCUAAUUACGGAGAAGCAAAUUACACAGCACUUCAGUGGAUUGCAGAUUUCGGCCGACGCAAAGAGCAUCGUCGGUAGCGGUGGUGGUCCAGGCAACAACAACAGCGCCUCGAUUGUGACCGGCGGCCUGGCCACCGACGAUAUACCAUCCACCAGUACGGGCAAAACGCAUCAUCACCCGAAUCCAGCGUAUCAGAUGGCGGCCUUGGAACUGGAGCAGAAACUGCGAAAUGCCAACCGCAUUAUAAUCUGUGAUGAACUGAAGCCGGGAUCUGUGCCGGGCCCCCUGGCCCCUGGUGUCAUACCCCGUGAGUGGCUCAUCAAAUCGGUUCCCCGUCCCUGCACAGCCCUGGUUCCAUGGCAGCCAUCUCCACUCCAAAUCCCCAUGCCAGUGCCCAAGCUGCCGCCACCGCCGCACCCGAUGCACCUGCUGGGCCCGACACCACCUCUCCCUGUAGAUGAACUCGACGACUACGACGAUGAUUUGGAGUUCUUUGAGAACAACAACACUUGCAAUGUGAAUUUAAACAAGUCUGAUGAGCAUAUGGACGAGGAUCUGUAGCCAUAGCUAGAAGCCUAAAUGUAAACGUGAAGAUCUGAAUGUUCGUAAGUGCAACGCACGAGGGUUUAAUCGCAUGUAAAGAGAAUUCUCAUUGCUCCUAUGCUCUUUUUUUAUUUGUUUGCUUACACCCUUGCAGAGGGAUCUGCAAGAGUAUCAAGCGCCUCGGCCCCCGAUGAUAAUAAUAAUGAUAUAUAGCCCUUUUCAUGUCACUCUUCAACUAUUUUGUAUUACUAUUUAAAAUAGAUGUAUGUGAUUUUACCUAGCUGGAGAUAUCUGUGGCAGUCAGUGAAUAUGUGCUUCUGUUCGAAUAAAGUAAAGCAAAUAUAA